AAUUUCAGAUUGAUUUGACUUCUGAUUCGAAAUAAUUUGAUUCGUACUACAAGUCGCUCCUGCCUGUCUUGUGGUUGUGCCCUUUAGUCGGUGGUUUGGCAUUUUGCAGGUGGGUUGUUUUACCAAUUUGCUGGUUCUUCAAUUGGAAGAAAUUAUAGCGAUUACGGUCUUUGUUCGUGUCAUGCUCCCACCAGAGAAAACACCGUGGAAGGGAAUGCAAAGACUGCUGCCUAGGCCAGUUUGAGGAAUUGUCUUUAUUUAUUCCACACAUGUCACAACAGUGAACGACAUAUACUUGUGAGUUGAAAACACUGCCCGAUUUCAAAGAUUUGAAGAAGUUUACUUGUAAACCAGUACAGCAUUAUCGGUAAGUCGGACUGCCUGACCAAUUCUUGCAAUGCGCUUUCAAAAACAAUUUUGAAGGUAUCCCGUCUGUUUAUUAGAAAAGGGAACUGCUCCAAUAGAAGUAAAAAACCCAAAACGGCUAUAACAUGGAUGUUUCAAGAGACUCAGGGCGAUAUACGCCGACCUCAACAUCAAACUUAUCCCGCUCGAGUUCCAUGCGAUCGAACAGCAGAACCUCUCUCAUACGGCGUAAUCAGAGCAUUAGUGCAAAACAAAUCCGUUUUUACAGAAAUGGUGAUAAAUAUUUUGGUGGAUUGAAAUUGGCUGUUUCGCCAGAAAGAUACAAGGAGUUCGAUUCUCUGUUAGCAGAACUUUCAGUAAAAUUGGAUUUAGCCACAGGUGCCGUUCGUUUCAUUUUCAACGCUGAGGAUGGCAGCCUGAUAACGGAUAUAUCUCAACUACAAUAUGGUAUACCAUACGUUUGUUGCUCUGGAAACACAUUUCGUCCAUUAGACGAGGGGUACGGAAAGCAAAGUAGCAACAAUUGGUCGAUGAACAGACAGAGGCAUGUUUCAAGGUCCACCAAUGCCCUCACAAGCCUGGAAGCAAACACUCAGAGAGAUGCACUAGUAAACAUUGGCAACCAUCGUGACUUUAUCAAACCCAAACUUGUCACAGUUAUCAAAAAUGGGAAACCACCACAGCAAAAAGUCACCAUGCUGUUAAACCAAAAGACAGCUGUAAGCUAUGAUCAAGUACUAGAUCACUUAUCAGCAAGAGGGUGCCUUGGAAAAGUAGACAAACUGUAUGCUGUAGAUGGGAAGCUUGUCCGUGAUCUGCGGGAUUUGUUCGAUGAUGACACCGUAUUCAUUGCAUUUGCUUCGAAUGAAAAGUUUCCCGAAGAAGGGAUUGAGCUGGACACAAAAAGCUAUCGAAUCACCCCGUACAGAGAGUUAAAAAGGCCCAGUAACCUCAAGCGAUCCAACUCACUACGAUCAAGCUUGGGAAAAUUCAGAGACGAAAACGAAAACAUGAAAGGAAAGGGGAAAAGUCCAAGACCGAAAAGUAUUGGCCCAGGAUCAAAGCUCAUGAAUUCAGUCCCCAAAUCUCCUCGUGGGAAAGUCAACGGAAGCAAAAAGUUUCAUGAUGUGGAAACUUAUUUUCAGAUGAACGGUGAUGCUGGAAAGGAAGAAUUGUAUCCAACUGCGGUCUUUGAAAGGGAAUCAUCUGACUCUGGUCUACAAGAAGACUUUAAAAACAGAAUGCUAACGAAGCGUGAAAGACCUUCCAUCCAUGGCUUUUAUAAAAUCGGCAAGAUAAUUGGUGAUGGAAACUUUGCUGUUGUACGAGAGUGUCGUCAUAGGAAAAGUGGAUUAAGUUUUGCCUUGAAAGUUAUCAACAAAGCAAAAGUCAGAGGAAAAGAACAUAUGAUAGAAAAUGAAAUACUUAUAUUGAGGAAAGUAAAACAUCGACAUAUAGUCCAGCUGGUUGAAGAAUUUGAAACACCAAAGGAGAUUCUCCUUGUCAUGGAGCUUGUCCCGGGAGGUGACCUUUUCGACGCCAUCGUGGAAGCAACAAGGUUCACUGAAAAGGACGCAAGCCACAUGAUCAGGGACCUGACUUCGGCAGUUCAGUAUCUUCACUCUUUGCGGAUUGUACAUAGAGAUAUAAAACCAGAAAAUCUUUUGGUAGUAAAUCGAUCAGAUGGUACCACUUCAUUAAAGCUAGCUGAUUUUGGAUUGUCAAUAGAAGUUAAGUCCCCGAUGUUUUUGGUUUGCGGUACACCAACCUACGUAGCGCCGGAAAUAUUAGAUGAGUCAGGUUAUGGACUCAAAGUUGAUAUAUGGGCAGUUGGGGUCAUCACAUAUAUUUUGCUCUGUGGCUUUCCACCAUUUAGAAGCCACAAGCAGGACCAAGAAGAAUUGUUCGAUAAAAUUUUACGAGGGGAUUAUGAAUUUCUGCAACCAUUUUGGGAUGAUGUUUCUGAGUCUGCUAAGGAUUUGAUACAACGUUUGCUGGUCGUUGACGUCAAAAAACGAUACGAUGCAGCAGAUAUACUUGAACAUCCUUGGAUCAAAGGCCAUACUGCAAAAAGCAAAAAUUUACAAGAGAAAUUAUCAACUGAAAUUGAAAAGAAUUUCACCCAUAGAAGAAGACUGCGUGGAGUUGCCUUGGCCAUCCAGACGGUAAUCUAUUUAUCAAACGUUAUUAAGCGUAAGCAAAAUCAGGGCAACGGGACCCGCUCGUGUGCUGAAAUUCAGCGUAAAUUUUCAUGGGAAGAAGAUCCUGUUCUAGAGGAGAAGCCGAAUACAGCUUCAAGGAAACGCUCAGCCUCGUUCGAGGAGUCCCUUUCGUUUGAUCGGUCGGACUCGUACGAUGAUGAGGUUCCAGCUUCUUUUCCAUCUAGUCCGGUUCGAAGGGCUUCUUUAAGCAGCCGCAUACCCAGGGCAAAAUCAACCACCCCUAGUCAACAUAUUGCAGAAAUAAGGAAAUCUAUUUCAUCUUCAAACAAAACUUCAGACAUUAAAGGGCAAAAUUUAAAAUCUAAAGACACUAGGAGAAAUAGUACUUACAGACCAAGAGCUGAUCAAUUUAGUACAGUCAGUCUUGCUCACCAAAAGGUGAACUGUGAGACAUCAAAUAAUGAUUUAAAGCCGCAAAGUGUGACUCUACGCAACAGGCCAUCUUCAGCCAAAGAGACAUAUUGUACAAAAAGACUAAGCGCUCCUGUGUUAGAUAGUAUUCCCCAUACACAAUCGCUUCCCUCUUCUCCUAAGCAUGGGAUAAUCACAACCUUUGCUCCUGGAGUCAAAAAACGAACGCCACUGGCAAAGUGCAUAAGUGUCGAUGACAGUGUGAAGAACAAACCCUCCGCUAUUCCUUCCUAUAUGCAUGAUACUGAAGCAAGUACUGUACAUAGGAGAACCUCUGUUAGCGAUGCGAAGAAAUCGAGAUACAGAGCUUCAUAUCCGAAUCGAAGUCUCGCAUCCGCUGCUGUUGAAACACUGACCGUUAAACCAAGAGGCCAAAGGAGAGGCUCUGUCCCUAUAGAAGAACAUGUCAAACCUGAACAACGCGAGCGGCCUUUGUCGGAAAAAUCUGCUGGCCAUGCGAGGAAAGGUUCUGUUGUAAGGAAGCGCCUGCCAAAGGCCAUAACAUCCUCGCAAGAUUUGCAGCAACAGAACUGUACAAAAAGAAGCAAAGACACCGUGGAUAAUGCUGCAAGGACAUCAACUUUGGAAACAGCGCCCGACAAUUCCGAUGUGGAUUCUUCUAGAGAUGCUGAUAUAUCUAUUGUUAAAAAGUACAACAAAACUGAGAACAUCAAAAUACAUCUUGGCAAAACUGUGGACAAAUCAGUCGAGACUUCAACAACUGUUUCGGUAACGAUUGACGGGGAGAAAAAGAAAGCAAGUUCUUCGAACGAAGUAUCCAAGCAGCCAUAUGGCCUAGGCCGCUCUUUGCUCACGAAAGUGAAGCAACUUGCGGAAGAAAUAGAAACAUUAGCGAUGUUUAAUGCUCACGGAGAAGCAGCUGAUAAUGCAUCAAGAGAAAGUUUUCCACAUUCUUGCAGCAUGCCUGUCCUCCAUGGAGGUGACUUGGAAGAACAAAUAGAAUCGGAUACAACGUUGUCUUCGGGUUCGAACUCACGUGAUUUAUCCUAUGGUAACCGUUUGUUGUUAGAGCAGGACUCAUUCAGUGAAACUGAAUACCUCUCUAUUAACAUGAAGUCGCCAAGAAAUGGAAAUAGCCCGACCAGUAUUGAUCAGUAACCCAAUAUUUUAUCUUCUAGCAAUAGUUUAAAAUUAAGAUAUUGUUCCAGUUUUUGUGAGGUUUGGAUUUUCUGGGAUAGUUAGAAUAUUUCAUGUUUUACAAAAUUUUGUUUGGUCAAAGACCUUAGAUGCAAUGACGCUAGUAUUUUUAUAAAGUUGCUUUUUGUCAUAAUUUAAGCAAACUCUAAAAAUCCAAUAAUUAAAGAUAUUAAUAUAUUUCGAAAUAAAUUUUUAAUUAGGGUGUAAAGAACUUGCACAAAGUUAACGUAUACCAACAAGCUAUUUGAUAAUUCGAUCAGUUUUCUUAAAAUGGUCAACUUGUUUCCCUAAAGCAAAAUUUUUUAGAGAGCGAUUUACACUCCAAUUAAAAUCUGCUUUGUCUUUAUUUGAUUGAAAAUAAAAAGUCUUUGAAAAAAUUUAUAAUAAAUCAUAUACAUAUUUCAAUUUACAACCGAUAUUACUUUUACUGCCAACAUCGAAGCUACAAAACAAAUAAUUCAAUCUCUUCAAGUAAUUCUGAAAUUUUUGUUAGGCCCAAUUUAGUGCAUUUUUGUGUUAUUUUGUAAAAAUUUAAUGGUGUAUUUGCUAGCAUAGUUGUGAAUUUUUUUUAUUAUUUGCUGUCUCUCUAUGAGAAGGUUAAUGAAUUUACUUUUAAUCAUAGGUGUUUGUUCUUUAAUUAUAUCAAAGAAAAUUUAACUAUUAAUUUAUGCAGUAUUAUUUUUAUGUUCCGACUUAUUUAUUUUGUAUUGUCACAGUAAAAUUUAUUGUUAAUGCUUUGUCAAUCUUCAUUGUUUUAUAUUUUUUUGUAAAUGAAAUUGUCUUACGUUCGACUUAACUUUCUAAAAUUUACUUCAUUUUGUGAAUAACUUAAUCCUGAAUUUUUGGUGAAAAUUUACAGAUAUCACUGGUUUUGUUGCAAAGGAAACAUUGUUCUUUUAAGCAAUAGCCAUUUUCGAUUUGUUUGCUACCUCCCAUAAUCAAGAGUGGAUUUCCCAAUUUUUGAGCUAAUCUAAAGUUAAUUUGGGUUCAG